AAGAGGCGAGCGUGCGUGCUGCCGGCCCACGGUCCCGGCUGGCUCUCCACUGAGUCCCGUCUGUGAGCACAUCGGAAGGAAAGGAGGGUUCCCGCGCACCUUGGUUUUUAAUGUAAAGUCUCGUGACGUAUUUUGGAAGAAGGCAGAAACCAUGGAUGUAGACGCUGAAAGAGAGAAAAUAACACAGGAGAUCAAGGAGCUGGAAAGGAUUUUGGAUCCCGGCUCCUCUAGUUUCAACGUGGAGGUCUCGGAAUCAAGUCUCGAUUCAGAUUCUGACGCAGAUUCACUGCCUGAUGAGGACUCGGACGCUGCUGCUCCCCUGAUCUCGGAAGAAGAAAGGUGGGAUGAAGCCAGCAAUGAUGAGGACGACCCCAAGAAGACGCUUCCUGAGGACCCAGAGACCUGCCUGCAGCUGAACAUGGUCUACCAGGAGGUCAUCCAAGAGAAACUGACAGAGGUCAGCCUGCUGCUGGCCCAGAACCGGGAGCAGCAGGAGGAAGUCAUGUGGGACCUGGCAGGAUCCAAAGGCCCCAAGGUGAAGGAUGGCAAGAGCCUGCCCCUGAACCUGUACGUCGGCCACUUCCUGAAGCCCUACUUCAAGGACAGGGUCACUGGAGUGGGGCCUCCUGCCAACGAGGACACUCGGGAGAAGGCUGCCCAGGGCAUUAAGACUUUCGAGGAGCUCCUGGUGACCAAAUGGAAGAGCUGGGAGAAGGCCUUGCUCAGAAAGUCAGUGGUGAGCGACCGCCUGCAGCGCCUGCUUCAGCCCAAGUUACUGAAGCUCGAGUACCUGCACCAGAAACAGAGCAGAGUCACGAGUGAAGCGGAGAGACGGGUCCUGGAGAAGCAGAGCAGUGAGGCAGAGAAGGAGAUCCAGGAUAUCAACCAGCUCCCGGAGGAGACCUUGCUGGGGAGCAGGCUGGACAACCAUGACUGGGAGAAGAUUUCCAACGUUAAUUUUGAAGGUGGCCGCAGCGCAGAGGAGAUCCGGAAGUUCUGGCAGAACUGGGAACACCCUAGCAUCAAUAAGCAGGAGUGGACCGGGCAGGAGGUGGACAGGCUGAAGGCCAUCGCGGCCAAGCACAGCUACCUGCAUUGGCAGAAGAUCGCCGAGGAGCUGGGGACCAGCCGCAGUGCCUUCCAGUGCCUGCAGAAAUACCAGCAGCACAGCAAAGCCCUGAAGCGCAGAGAGUGGACAGAGGAGGAGGACCGCAUGCUCACCCAGCUGGUGCAGGAGAUGCGCGUGGGCAGCCACAUCCCCUACCGCAGAAUUGUCUACUACAUGGAAGGACGAGACUCCAUGCAGCUCACCUAUCGGUGGACCAAGAGCUUGGAUCCCAGCCUCAGAAAGGGCCUCUGGACCCCAGAGGAAGAUGCGAAGUUGCUUCAAGCGGUUGCCAAAUACGGGGAGCAGGAUUGGUUUAAAAUCAGGGAAGAGGUGCCAGGUAGGAGCGAUGCCCAGUGCCGAGAUCGAUACCUCAGAAGGCUACAUUUCAACUUGAAAAAGGGACGAUGGAAUUCAAAGGAAGAGGAGAAGUUAAUUGAACUAAUAGAGAAACACGGCGUCGGUCACUGGGAAAAAAUCGCUUCUGAACUCCCCCACCGGACAGGCUCCCAGUGUCUGAGCAAGUGGAAAGUCAUGGUCAGGAGGCAGGGUCAGGGCAGAAGGAGGCGGCGGCGGCGCCUGCGCAGCGUGCGGUGGAGCUCCAGCAGUGAGGACAGCAGCAGCGAGGACAGCAGUGUCGGGGACAGCAGCAGCGGGGACAGCAAGGACAGCGGGGACUCGGAGCCAGAGCCAGAGGAAGCCCCAGAUGCCCAGGAGAGUGGCCAAGCACUGCCGUCAGCACAGCACACCGUGCCAGACAUAGACCUGUGGAUUCCUGCCAGGCAGAGCGCCCACCCACUUAAGGCAGCAGGGGCAGAGGGCUGCCCAGAACGCUUGCCUGCCUCUCCCAACACCUCAAAUAAGGCCCAAGGUGGUAGCAGGAAAGUCGCAGAGGUGGGCCAGGCUCAGCCCCCCUCCAGGACCCAAAGCGCCAGCCUGAGAGGUGUUGGGUACCCACACUCCACGGACACUCAUCCCACGAGCUCAGAGGGGCCGGCAGAUGAGAGCGGGAGGCAUCUGCUGAAGGUACCUCUGGAGACCGUGCUGCAGGUGCUCAGGACCAACACGGCCACCCGGUGCCGGACACGAAAGGAGAAGCUAAAGCAGCCGUGCCUGUUCAGCGCACCCCAGGGGACCACCCCUGGUGGCAGCAUUGCAGCCAGGCCCCACAUGCGGCAGCUGUGGCAGCGGCCCCGGGGACAUGCCCUGCAAAGGAGGCUCCUUGAGCGCCGGCUGCUGAUGGCUGUGAGCCCAUGGGUGGGCGACAUCAUCCUGCCCUGCGCUCCUCAGAGGCCCACCGCGGUGCACACUCAAGCUGACAGCAUCAGGGCGCAGCUGCAGGACGCCCACCUGGCCAGCACGCCGGUGUUCACCCUCUUUAUUCAGCUGUUUCAGAUCGACACUACCGGCUGUAUGGAGGUCGUUCAAGAGAGAAAGGCCCAGCUGCCCACCCUGCCCCAGGCUGGUGCUCAGGUGUCCUCAAGUGCUCAGAACGCCCCAGGUUGCCUCUUAAGCAGCGUGCCAGCCCGGGAAGGUGCAAAGAAGGGUGCCAGCCACAGAGGGAGUGGGGGCCUGCAGACCUUCCAAGCCGAGUCCGCUUCUCAGGUGCCCCUGCCAACUCCAUGCGGCACCCGGCCCAAGCCCAAAACUGUGUCCGAGCUGCUUCGGGAGAAGCGCCUGCGGGAAGCUCGAGCCAGCAAGGCUACCCAGGCCCCCGUGGUUUUCCCACCCCAGCUGCUGGUCUCCUCACCUGUGAUCCUCCAGCCCCCUCUUCCGCUGGCCUCCCAAGGCCCCAUAGCCACAGGGCCCGUCAUCUCAAAGUCAGCGCUCUCUGCGUCUAGAGCCCCUGCAGCAGCCAGCCCAAGUACUUCAAGCUCCUCAGCCUCAGCCACAGAGAAGGGGCCCCCUGCCCUGCAAGCCUUGGCCUUGACUCCUAUCUCCACAGUGGCUGCAAAGGCCUCACCUGCCUCCAGUGCCCCUGAUCCAGGCGCCAGCCAGGUUCCUGUGAGCUGCCAUCUGAACAGUCUUGGACAGUGUCAGGCCCCUGCCACGUCCUGGAAGCAGGGCCUGCCUGAGGCACCACCCCUUCUUCCUGCAGCCCCCAGCCCUGCUCAGCUGCCUGUCCAGCCCCUCAGCCUGACGCCAGCUCUGGGCACCCAGAGGAGUAGACCACACAUGGCGGCCAACACCCCUCUGCCCGUCACCUGGGUACUCACAGCCCAGGGGCUGCUCCCUGUGUCGAUGCCAGCUGUGGUGGGCCUUCCCAGGCCAGCAGGGACCCCUGACCCCAAAGGGCUGUCUGUGACUUUGUCGCCCUCCUUGACUGAGACUCUGGCAGGCCAGGGCCCAGCCAGCACGGACACAGAAUCAGGCCUUCCCUCAAAGACAGACCACAAGACCCUUUUGAUGCCCCCACCAUCCCAAAUCCCUGCAGAGGUGGAUGGUGACAUGGUCUGUGCUCCUGGGGGAGUCUCUCCUCCUGGAGAAGCCCAAGUGACGGGGGCGACGACCUCCCAGGCUGCAGUCCUGGCUGACCACCCUGAAGCAGAGUCCCCCCAGUCCAGCCAGCUGCCUCCGCACUGUGGUGCUGGCCCAGGGAAUAGCCCAGGAAGAACACUGGUGUCUCCCUCAGAUCCAGGGGAGACCAGGGCGCCUCUGGAAUUGGAGAGGCCACCCCCACCCCAGCUUGGGCCUGGGAAGGGUGCCCUGGACCUCAGUCUCCUCUCCCAGGAGAAUGAGACAACCGUGCGGGAGUGGCUGAGGGGGCAGCGAGGGGUACAUGUGCUCCCACUGGGCAGCAGGCUGCCCUACCAGCCCCCCGCCCUGUGCAACCUGCGAGCAUUGUCUCGCCUCCUGCUCCACAAGAAGACCUUGGAACAUAGAGCAGCCUCCCUGGUGCCCGGCGAGGCGGCUGAAGCCCUGCAGGCCUCGCUGGGGCGGGUGCGGAGGCAGCUGCAGGACAACCCAGCCUACCUGCUGCUGAAGGCCCGCUUCCUGGCAGCCUUCACCCUCCCCGCGCUCCUAGCCACCCUGCCCCCUCGUGGUGUCUGCACCACCUUGUCAGCAGCCAUGAGAGCUGACCCUGGGAGUGAGGAGGACGACCAGGAGGAGCUGGAGCUCCUUGAUGGCGACAGGCAGCCAGGCUGCUGGGUGAGCGGCAGGCCCCAGGCAGGGCCAGUGGCCACGGCCCCUGUCCAGGGAGCCCCCGACUCUGGCAAGGUCUCUGCCCCCUCCUUCCAGGACGAUUCUGAUGACUUUGAUGUGCUCAGGACCCGGCAUGGCCGGCACGUCCGGAAGCGGAGGAGGCUGCUGUGAGCAGGACUACCCGAUCUGGAUGCCCGCUGUCACCACCACUGACAGGAGUUGGGACCUUGCUGGACCUGGCCAGCCCAUUACUCACCUGGAGGAGAAAGCGGCUGGGUCCCGGGGAGGCUCUGCCAAUAGUGACUGUGUUGUCACAGGGACUUGGCUGCUUCCCAAGUGCAAAUUGGAAUAUUUGAAAGAAUUAAUACAUGUCCUAUUUUUUAAUUAAAAAGCAAGCCACAGAC